AUGCUGAACGACCAGGUCCCCGUGGAGGUCCGCGGGGCCAGCCGCGACGGCGCGGUCGACGAGGGCCCCGUGGACGAGGACUUCAACCUCGCCGGGCGCUUCUUCCCCACGCCCGACAUGGGCGCGCUCGUCACGCCUGGGCAGUUCCUGCUCAAGAGCCUCAACCAUCCGAGGACGCGCACGAGCAAGAUAUCGGCCAUUCACACCGCGAAGAUGAAGCUCCCGAAGAUGCAGGCGAACCACUCGCGCGCGCCGGACAUGACGAUCUUCGGGGACGUCCGCGCGGAGACCCGCAGCCUCCUGACGCAGGUCCCGGCCGCGCAAGCGUGGAUGGAGGGCGUGCACGACAUGGAGCGGUCCAAGGCCGCGCGGCACGACCGGGCGUGGCGGGUGUACCUCGAGCAGCGGGGCGAGGUCGAGGAUACGCACCGGGACCGGAUCGCGAGCGCGCUGCAGGCGUCGCGGUCGGAGCUGGACGCGAUGGGGGCGGAGCUGGACAGGAACUGUGCGCGGCUCACGGACGACGAGCAGCUCAUGAUGCUGGACGAGGGGAGCGUGCACGGGGCGUGGGACGACCUCAACAGCGUGCUGCGGCAGCGCGAGAAGGCCAUCGCGGAGCUCGGCAACCUCCUGGAGGAGGAGGAGGCGCGGCGUCGCGCGGACCAGGAGGCGCUGAUGCUGGACACGCUGGCGGCGCUGAUGUCGAUCGCGCACGCGUCGGAGGGCGCGGUCGAGCGCAUGAUGGAGACGGAGGCGCUCGAGAUGAACCUGGCGCUGCUGCGGGACCGGCGCGCGGCUGCGUCGCUGCUGCAGCGCCUCAAGGCGCGCGAGGUCGGCCUCGAGGAGCAGUCGCGCCGCACGUGGGAGGGCUCGAUGGAGCGGUGGCGCUCGCUGCGCACCAAGCACGCGAUCGGGCGGUUCGUGGCGCGGAUCCGCUCGCAGGAGUUCGCGGAGCCGCGCGAGCGCGUCGAGCAGCUCGCGCGCGCGCGCCGCGCAGGAGGGCACGUUUGA